AUGGCGGCGGCCCUCAUGGCGACGGGAGUCCCCGGGCUGGUGUUGUGCCGAUCGCCUACACUGGCAAAGGCUGCCUGCGGAACAGCCUGUCAGAAGACUGGACCAUACAGAUAUGGGUACAGCCACAGCGGUGGAUACUUGCAAUCGGCUGUUUAA